UACAAGACGAUCGUGAUGGGCGCGUCCUUCCGAAACAUCGGCGAGGUGCUUGAGCUGGCGGGGUGCGACAAGCUCACCAUCUCGCCCAAGCUGCUGCAGGAGCUCGCUAGCGGAAAGGGCGAGGUGCCGCGCAAGCUCGACCCCGCCCACCUCACGCAGCGGUGCGAGAAGCUGCCGGAGUUCACGCGGCCAGAUCAGCUCUUCGAAGGGGAGCCCGACAAGAUGGCGGUGGAGAAGCUUGAGGAGGGGAUUCGCAACUUCUCGAAGGACACGGAGAAGCUGGAGGCACACAUCGCAACGCUCCUGUAG